AUGCGGCUGUUUAUUCUUUUGGCUGUUUUGUCUUUCUUUGAUGAACAUGGGGUUGCAGAAGGUCUCAAGUAUACUAACACGUGGGCUAUGCAGAUAGAUGCUAAUGUCACAGAGGCAUUAAAAAUUGCUGGAAAGUAUGGAUUCACGUUUAAAAUGGAGGUAUAAUAUAGUAUAAUAUAUAUGAGACAUUGAUAUGUUGUAGUUCAAUUUUAUCCUUGGUUUGAAUUUUUUUAUCUUUGUUGUUUUGGGGUAUGGUAAUGUAUGAUAAUGACCUUGAAACAAAGGAGAAUAAAAUUUAAAACAAGGAUAAAAUUAAAAACCACAUAAUACUUGUACAGACUGAAUUCAAGACAGAAAGACGGAAAUUCAAGACAGAAAGACCAGAACUGUUUGAAUUUUAAGACAAAUGCAGCCUAUAACACAGGAAAAAUUUCAGAAUCCCCAUUUUGGGUUUAAAAAGGGAAAUAAUUGGGAUUUCAAAGGGAUUUCUUUGGGAAAACCCAAAAUUGGGAAAGUGCUACCAAAACCAAGCAUGGGUUUUUAAAAUCCCAUUUUAUUCCCAAUAAUGGGAUUUUUCAGUCCCAAGUUUUACCCAAGAAUGGGUUAUUUUUGGGCCAGUUUUUUCCCAGUAUUGGGAUUAAAACUUCCCAUUCUAUUCCCAAAAAUGGGAUUUCUAGGUCCCAAGUUUUACCCAACAGUGGGUUAUUUUUGUGCCAGUUUUUUCCCAGUAUUGGGAUUAAAACGUCCCAUUUUAUCCCCAAUAAUGGGAUUUCUAGGUCCCAAGUUUUACCCAAUAAUGGGUUUUUUUUGAACCUGGUUUUUCCCAAUAUUGGGAUUGAAAUUUCCAAUCCAAAUCCCAACAAGUCUAGAAUAGACAAACAGCUUUUGUCCAAAUCAACUAAGAUAAUGCAUUAUAUUUUUCUUUUCAAACAGUUUUAAUACACUUAACUAUAUUUUUGGUUUAAAUAAAAACAUAGUGCAUAUUUUGUACAAAUAAACUAUUUGAAUUUAUUUAUAUAAGUAAGUAUACAUGUCUUAGAAUUUCAAAAUGUCUCAUUUGAAUGUGUCCAUCAAUGUCUCAAGUGCAUUUAGACUGACUGGUUGUUCAAUUUACAGUAUAAUAUGGAAAACAUCAAUACUUCUUGCUAUAAUAAAUAAUAUAAAACAUUAAUGAAUCCCAACACAACCUUUUUCAAAUGUAAGGUGUUUCCAUCGUUAAAACUGUCAGUACCCUUGAGGAAAGGUUAUAACAAUAAACUCUUUCAAAGUUUUCAGAAAAAAACACAGUCCUUUUAGGCAUUAAUUGUCAUAAAAUCAACAUCAUCACAUCACUAUUAAAGUGAUGAAAGGUAACUUGUUUCAGUCUCCUUGUUCACUUUUAUCAUAGCCAUCUUCAGCUGCGUAGGAUCAACAGGUUCAUCAGCGAUUUCCACAUACUUGUGCCUUGCUGGCUUCUUGGACACCACUUCCAACAGUUGAGAUAGUGAGGGGCGUGAGAUUUCUAGGUGUGACAGAGAAUCUCUUCUUCAGCAGCUUUGAGAUCUCCUCUCCACCCAAAACACUUCCACAUAUAAAUCUCACAAUCAUGUUGCAAAGUUUUGGUGACAACUGAAUACCGCUAAUCCCCUCUGCAGUACUAGCCUGGGAAGGUGGUGGGUCUCCUUUUUCGUUUUCAGAGUUAUCUGGUGAAAGUGUUGAUCCAAAGCUACCAAUAUCGCCACUGUCCUGCAAUUUUAAAAUCAGUAAUGCAAAUCAAAAACCUUUAACCUUCAAUGUUAAAAAAUAAUAAUAAUCCAAAGGGAAGAAAACAGGGCUUUGACCAGUUUAGGAUGUUAUGUACCAGUAACAUACACACAUAUUUUUAGUGUAUUAUAAAUCAUAAGCUUAUAUAUUAGCUGAGAUGAAAACCUAGAAAGCUAUGACCUGCACUUCUGCCAGUUUUACAUAUUCAAAACAUGUAUCGUGCGAGACAGUUUUUUUAUUCUCAAUCAAGUCAGUGCUUGGAACGGGUAUAUAAAAUAAAAGAGAUUUUACAUUUAAUUCAAAGAAAAAGAGAAGUAAGCUUUAAACCUCAACCUCUCGACUUCAUGAAACUUUUUUUCUAGCAAAAGUUCAGUAUGUAGGCAAAAUGGACGGCCAUGGAAUAAACAAGUAAACUUUACAUUUGCUAGGAAAUAUUGAUUUAAUAUUGUUCAAGUCUUCGCCAAUGCAAAGUACCACAGAUUGUUGUUGUUCAAUAAAAGCACGCCAAAAAGUAAAAGAAAACUAAAAAAGAGAGAAACGUGGAAGGUUUGUAGCAUUCUGGGCCGUUUCCCGCCGAAAAUAUAAAAGCAACGUUCGUACCUUCAAACGCUUUCCCCACUGCUUCUCCACAACAUUCUUUGAUUCGUUUUAAGAUUUCCUCUGCACUUGGAUUCUCUAUAUCCUCAAAUUGUUCUUUUCUUUCAUCUUUAUCCGUUUUCUUUGGCUCUAAGUCUGAAUUUUGUGAGGACGAAGCAAGAAACAAAGCCAUCUUCUGAACGGGAGUUUGAAUCGAGCGAGCCGUUCUUGUGCGCAUGCGGGAAAAGAGAACUGGGGCAAGCAUUCUCGUCCCCAAGGCCACUCGGCUUUCUUUCUUUCUUAAAGACACGCGGCGAUGGCGACUGGAAUAGAAAACUUAACUCUACAGUAACUUUUACCUGAUCCAAUUUUUCACCCAAACUUUUCCCACCGUAGGAAAACUAUGUCCCAUUCCUUCCUAGAAUUGGGAAAAUCCAAAAACAUUUAACAACUCUGUUCCCAAUGUUUUCCCAUUUUUGGAAAAAUAUUUCCCAAAUCCCAAAAAAAUUGGGACGAGUGGAAUGAACUCUUAAGAUUUCCCAAUAUUUUCCCAAAAUAGUACUUUCUAUUUUCUCCAAGACAAAAUUUUCCCAAUUUUUUUGUCCAAUAUUUUCCCAAAGAAGGAAGUUCAUGUCCCAAUUUUUCCCCAGAAUUGGGUAAAUUCCCAUAAUAUUCCCAAAAUGGAGUUUUGAAAAUAUAAUUAUUAUAUUGUCCCAAAAAAAUCCCUUUUUUGUGAUCUUAAAAGUGGUUCAACUUCCCAAAAUUUUCCCAAUUUUGGUAAUUUCGUUCCCAAUUUUUCCCCAAUAUUAUCCCUAAAUUGGGAAAAUUUACAGGAAUUUCCCAAUUUGGGAAUCUGAAAUUUUUCCUGUGUAAUGUGUAGAUAUUGUUGUAGACUAGUUUAGUAUUACUUUAUAGGUUCAGGUUUAUCUUUAGUUUGUUGUUUGUUUUGAGUAUGUUAUAAUUUGCGAGUUGUUGCAGGAGUUAAGCUUUGAGCCAAGGGAGUAUUUAUUAAACUACAACCCGAUAUGAACAUCCUAACUUUUUUAAUUAUCUACUAGAUAUCUGCCAACUACUAUCUUUUCGAACACAAGAACCUCCCUAGGAUUUCAUCAAAACCAAGCAGCAUUCCCAAAGACUUGUUGAAAGAUCCAUUGGUAAGUUUUGCCAGUUUUUAACAGGUCUGUCAUGAAGGGCUGUAACUUGUAACAUGUGUUGUAGCUGAGCACACUUGAUGCUACUGGCGAUCAAAGUGGAAACCUAAAGGUCACACUAUAAAUUUUUGUGACAUGUACUCUUCAUUCUUUUCUUCCAGGCCAUCGACUGCGAUUUCUUGGUCACUUGAGUACCUAUCACUUUCCUUUUGUUCUGUUUCACUCAAAGAGUCUUUAUUUUUCCUUUUCUUGCACGUAUUCACUCCCUCUUCAUUGCAUGUAUGAUUCUCUGAAUUUUCUGGGAAUUGAGGGUAGUCGUCAUUUUUUUCUUUCAUGCGACUGUCUGCAAUUUUUACGUCAAUUGAGUCCUUAACACUUUCCUUUCGCUUUACAUGUAUAAAAUCAUCAGCUGUUACUGUCAAAACUUAAUGAACAUAAAACAUUAUUUGCUCUUGGAGUAACUGACUAAAUAGCAUAAAUUUAAAGUGCAUAAGUUUAAAGUGCUUACACUAUUGUAUUAGUUAUGAGACUGAUGUCCCACAGGAAAAAAUAACAUAAUCCCAUUUUUGGAUAUUUUUGGGUAUGUAAAGAAUAUCCAUAAAAAUCCCAAAUUUGGCAAAGUGAGACAAGUCCCAACCAGGGAAUUCCCAACCAAGUUCCCUAGUUGGGACUUGUCUCACUCUUCCAAAUUUGGGAUUUUUGUGGGUAUUCUUUAAAUACCCUAAAAUAUCCCAAAAUGGGAAUCUGUUAUUUUUUCCUGUGAUCCACUAUCAUUAUAAACAAUAUUAUUACCAACAAUUAAUAGGCUAGGAUUUCGCUUGUUUUGCACAUAAUUCUUAUAAUGUAACUUGAAGUUUUUACCCAAUAGCACACACUAAUUACUUUGAGGUCACAUGACAUAACAAUGAAACAUUGCAAAAUCAACAUUUAUGAUGUCAGAGUGCAAUAGUGUAUUGUUGCCAUGAAUACGAUGACCGAAGACUACUGUUACAGCGAGGUUUAAUGAAUUUUCAGCUUCAAAAUUUCCAGCUAUAUAACAAAUCACUUAAAAACUGGUUCCUUGGGAAAAAGUUAAUUUUGUUUGCCUUGAAUGUCAAUUACAAAAUUAACUGUUUCCCUCUGGACCAGUCACUAGUGUUAAUAUUACAGUGUAAUGAGUAAGGUUUGCAUAUGAGAAUAAACUUGUUGAAGGCCACAUCCUGACUGGUUGUUAUGCUUCCCGACUAGCUCGCUUGUAGGUAGUGUUUCUCAGGUGGCCACGAUACUAGGUAGUAUAGCACAUUGCAUUAUCAAGUGGCAGAUUUUAGACCAAACUAAUGCCCAAAGGGCUCGAAAAAAAUUUUUGGGGACCACCCCCAUCCCUUAUCUCAGGGGUCUGGAUGACCGGGACCCCCCUCAUCUGCAGGUCUGGAUCUGCCACUGUUAUCACGCUGCCAUUUAAAUUAAUAUUUUUUCUACUUUCAUCACUUUAUCACUUGUUAGUAAUAUUUGACAUCUGGUGGUACCACUGCAUGAUUAUUUUGUUUAACCAUAUUAUUGAUCACAGGUGAAAUGGUUUGCCCAACAAGUUAGACAGAAUAAUGAUCUCUAUGAUAAGCACUUCACUGCUGUGUCCUUUAAUGACCCCAGGUGGAAUGACCAGGAGUGGUAUUUGGUAAGUAAAAAACUAAAUUCUAGGCCUUUUAAGAUACUCUUAAGAAUUACUUUACCAAAAAUAGGAGUCAGCUUUCUUUCAAGCUAUAUUUAGUGAUUUGAAUUCCUAUAGAUGUCUGAUCUGGGUUAGCUACGUGUAGCAAUGCAACUAUUUUUAAGGGACGGCCAGAUGCCUUUUGUAAAACCUCUGGGUGUCCAUCUUAAAGCGGCGUCUGCCUUAUGAUGAGUAAAAGAGAAAUGGCUGAAGAAUGGUAGAGGCCAGCUCUAGAUGUCUGUUUUAGAGAGGUGUCCAUCUUAUAGUAAGGCAGGGACCAUCUAAAGAUGACCUUAUGAGGUGUCUGUCAUUUAGAGAAAUGUGACUGUAACACGUCAACUAGGUUAAAGGAGGCUGAUCAAGUGCUAAUUUCAGGGGGCAAACUUCAGUACUUCUCUUUUGUCUGUCAGUGAUAUUGUUGUUGGUGUAAAUUUACAGGGCCUUCCUGAUAAAGGAAUGAAUAUUUACCAAGUGUGGCAGCAAGGCAUCACAGGCAAAGGAGUUGUGGUGGCAGUUGUUGAUGAGGGGCUCCAACAGUCGCAUCCUGAGCUCGCUGAUAAUUAUGUAGGUAUAGUUAAUCGGCCCAGAAAUGAUGUUGUUUGUGUAAAGCUUAAAGUACAAUGGAAACUGGUAAAAUCAGUAGAAUUGGCAUUAGUUAUACCUGCAACACAGCUGUCAGUUUAGGUUAUGUUCACACGAUACCGAAUAGGUCUUGUGCCGGCCCCAGGGGGGGGUACUCGGGAUUUCAAGUGACGGGGAUGAUCAAAGGAUUUAUUUUGGGUUUGAAAUUUUCGAUUCCGAAAUUUUUUUGGGUACGAACAUUUGGCAAGUAUUUUUUUGGGUAGCUUGAUUUGAGUAGGGAUUUUUUGGGGGAUUAAAAAGAAUCGGUAGUGCCCUGGCUGCGUAGUUCUGCGAAUAAAGUACAAACAAACGUGUUUUGCUGUUGUUUAAUAGUUAACUAUGCAGGGCUUCUGAUAUUUCGCGGAAAAAAAAGCAAAAUUUCGCGGGAUUUUCAGGGGCAAAUUCGCGGAAAAAUCGGCCGAUUUCGCGGGAUUUUCGCGGGAAAAAAAAUCAAAAUUCGCGGAACAAUCGGCCGAUUUCAGGCGAUUUUCGCGGGAGAAAAGUCAAAAUUCGCAGGAAAAUCGGCCCAUUUCGAGGGAUUUUAGCGGAAAAGAGUCAAUUUUCGAAGGAUUUUCAGGGGCAAAUAAUUUCCUAAGAAUUUCUUAGGAAAAUCGGCCGAUUUCACGAGAAAUUUCGGGGAAACUUCGCCAAGAAACAAUCAGUAAAAAAUCGCCGAUUUCGCGGGUUUUUUUUUGGCAAAUUUUGCUAAAAUCGAUCAAUUUUGCGUCGAUAUGACCAGCGUUGGUGAACAUUUUUUUUAACACGGAUAAUCAUUUACUCUUUCAACAACAGUUCGCUCGAGGAAUAAGCGCAUGUUAAAGCCAUCAACAUUAUGGUUAGUGCCCAGUUUUUCGCAACGUUCAUCUAAAAACGCCUGGUAGUUUUGGGACGUUGUUUACUCGUUGCAGUGAUGAAGUUUCAAGCUAAAUUUGGACGUUUGGGGUGAAUAAAACCGGUCUAAUAGCCAAGAUAAGUAUUAAAUAUGUUUUGCCGACAUGUAUUUGGAAAUAUUUCUGGCGGAUUUCGCGGUAUUUCGCGUUUUUUGGGGAAUUUCGCGGGAUUUCGCGGGUCCGCGACCGCGCGAAAUAUCAGAAGCCCUGACUAUGGUGUCGCUUUACAUGUGGAACUUUUAAGGGCCGCAAAAUCGGCAUGGGAUUUUUUGGGGGUUAAUUUUUGGUACAGGGAUUUUGUUGGGUUUUGCUGGAAGCCCUAGGGAUUUUUUUGGGUCUUGACUUUUGGCUCCAUUCGAUCAUCCCCGUCACUUGAAAUCCCGAGUACCCCCUCUGGGGUGCCGGCACGGAAAGCAUAUUGGAUCGGGCUUCUCUUCACCUAUAAGAACAGUGAUUUCAACACGAUUUCUGGCUGCCUCACGCCAAUCUCGUAAGUGGAGAGUCACAUAUCAGAUAGGUUCUAUUCCACACUUCGGUGCAGUGUAAACAGGUAUUUAGACUGUAGUGGAAGUAAAUAUAUUGAGUCCGGUGAGGACUGGGAUUUAGUGCACCAAACUCUCCCUGCCAACUACCCCGGCACAAUGAUUGAUGUCUAUGAACAACUUACAACAACAACGACAGCAAAAGUAAGAACAACAUCUUUGUUCACACUAUUUAGGCAUCAAACACAGAAAGAGUGAAGGUGUAGAAAAGUUUAAACAGUAUAUAGAACAAUUAUUUGAAGGAAGAUCACCGCAGUUAUUAUACACAACUAAUAUGCAGUUGCGAAAAGAAAGCAUGAAAAAAAAUUCAGGCGUGUAUGGGAUUCCAACCCUUGACCUCUACGAUACCGGUGCAGCGCUCUACCAAUUAAGUUAAAAGGCCAACUGGGAGCAGGUAGUUGAAUUGGUUCGUUAUAAACCCGUGAAAGGAUGAUGAUGAAAUUAUGAAUAUAUGAAAAUCAUAUAUGUGAACUGCAGAGUGAAGAAUUAUUUGAAGGAAGAUCAUCACAGUUAUAUACACAACUUAAUUAUGACUAUGAAAUUAUGAAUAUACCAAUUAAGCAAACAAGCUAACUGCGAGCAGGUCGUUGAAUUCAGGAGUUCGAGUCCAAUACACGCCUGAAUUUUUUUUUCAUGCUUCCUUUUCGCAACUGCAUAAGUUGCGUAUAUAACUGCGAUGAUCUUCCUUUGAACAAAUAAUUCUUCACUCCGCAGAUUACAUAUAGGAUUUUCAUAUAUUCAUAAUUUCAGCAUAGAACAAAUUAAACAUAGUUUAUUUAACUGUUUAGUUAGGUGAAAUAAACAAGUGUGGUACAGCUUAAGUAGCAGGGCUUUUAAUUUGGCUACUGCUUUGUCAAAGUUAACAAAAAUUAACCCUUCGAUCUUCCUGGAUAAGUCUAGAUCGAAGGGCCUCUGCUCGCAGGGUAGAAAAAAUCAAACAGUUACACUGAAUUAACUGAUCAUGCAUCUCUUCGAUAUCUCAUUGGUAUAUUAUUUAAUAAAUAGCAAAACAAUAAGAAUAGAUUUGAAGAUCUGAUGCAGUACGCAAAAAUUAAGUUAAUGUUAUUGACCCCUAUCCCUCCCCCAACUAUUAUCAUACAAGAGUAUAACAUUGGUUUCAUUUUUAUUUAUAAUCAGGAUCCUUUAGCAAGUUUGGAUUUGAUUGAUUUUGAUGCCACACCCAAUCCAGUGGGAAACAAUUCAGGGUAAGAACUGGAACUAUGACAAGUAAAAGGUUUGUCAUAUUUGUUUCACAAAAAUAACUUGCGAUAUAAGAAUUAAGAUAAGAAAGGAGAAGCCCAAUGGAAGUGCAAAAGUACAAUUCAUCAGACAAUAAGUUAAGUUCACACCUUUGUCACCCAUAACCAGCUGUUGACUGGGUACCUUUGAUGGUCAACUUGUACAGAAGGAAGUGAUUUUCCAAACCACAAUGAUUUGUUCAAACAGGCCAGAGAUACACCCAAAAAUUGCGUAACGUAUUGGUGGGAAAAAGAAUAGUAAUAGUAAUAACUUUAGUCUCAAUUUUCUAGCUUCGCACAUUGUGCUGAAACUAAUCGGGGAGACAUUAAAAGUGUUUGAAAAUAAUACACCACUGUUCAUCUGUACUUUCUUUAAAGAAAAAUGAGGAGAAGAAGUGAAACAUAAGGAAGGAAAAGAAAGUAAAAUACUCAGAGUUACAAAGCUGCAAAUUCACACCAGCGGCCCGUUUUUCAUUAGUUCCGGUAACUUUUCGGGGCCGAUAUUAAAAUAGUCAAUCUAAAGAAUAAAAGCGCAGUUCGUAGUUCCAAAACAGUCAAUAUGUUUUGUCAACUGGUAUUUUAAUCAAAUUGUCUGCAAAACAACUGCAAAUUAGUUCGCCGGGGUCUAAUUAGCAGGAAGUUGGGGAAACAGGUUCUAGGAUCGAAAUGAAACCAGUGCUGAUCUUGUUUUCCUUUUUCUAAGCAUGAUUUCAUUCAUCAGCAAAAUCAAACUUUAUGUGUGAAAAAACUGCUUUGGGAAACUCCUAUACAGUACAUUAUGACAGUGAGAAUUGUGAAAAUUUUCAUUGCAUUUAAUAGCCUGAGUUUCGGCUUUCUUCUCGAGUUGCACACUCCCAGGAGAGAUUGUGCUACCCAAGAGGCAGCUGAAAUUCCGGCUACUCAUUAAACCCAAUUCAUCUCUCAAUACAUACCAACCAGAGAGUUAAGUACUCAAAAUGGCCGCCCAAAUUCACUUGUUUGUACGAUUACCAAUAACGUGUUAUACCAAUUUUUCUACUACAGGCAUGGUAACCGAUGUGGUGGAAUCAUCGCUGCCGCUGCUAAUAACAGUAAAUGUGGCGUCGGAGUCGCCUUUAAUGCAAAACUUGGAGGUAACUUAUAGACCCAUCGAAUUAAAGACCUUAUGGGUUUUCUCUAGUAAUAAGGGUGAACGUUACGUACUUAGCAAGCCGAAACUUCAACAUCUCCCUACUGCAUCCUUGUGCGACGCAGGCAAUCCCCUGGCCACUGAAACCUUUUAGAGUUGUUCACAUUUUCCAGUUUACUUAACGUUUUACGCGGGAGGUAAACAAGCAAUGGCGAAAUUUUCUUUCUCUUUCUGAACACGGUUAUGGUUCUUAGGAAUUCAAAUCCAGGAGAGUUCGUCUACAUUUGACAAAAUAAAUAAGUUUGAAUAAUCGCGAUGAAGCUUGAAAAAAACGUACAUUCACUUUUAAAGCGUCUCCGUCGCCGUUCUCGUAUCUGAAGGUCCUUAAUAGACGAUUAAAUACCUAGUCUACCUGUGGGACUUACACGGCACAAAAAAUACCUGCGUCUCGUUUAACAAUACUGUAUUCACAGGGAAAACAGUUUGCACCUUCAAAUGCAAUCUUCAAUCUGUUCUAGCAUCCCAUUCUCUGCUGUGAUUUUAAUCAUGGUGUUUUAUUAGCAUGGAAAAGUGGUAAUUUUGUCGACUCUUCAAAUGGUCUUAAAUUCCGCACCCUGACCCAGUAACAACCACUAUUGUUUAAUUCCCAUCUCCUCGGGCUUAUCAAUAAGGCUUCGUUCACAAGGUACCGGUCAAAUUUUCGACCGGUUGAAAAUUCGUGUGUUUAGGUGUUCCGUUCACAUAGAACCAGCUUUAGACGCCUAGCCGUUCAAAGUUCCGUGUGAACAGAGGGAAAAUAUUGAACGAUCCCGUGUAAACAAUGUGUCCGGUGAAAUUUUUCGACUGGACAACUGUCAAUUUGACUAAGAAUAAACGACUGUUUAACUGUGACAGUAGACAGAUCGAAACGCACCAAUGACAUUACGAGUCUUCAUAGCCAAUAACAUCACGGCUUAACUGACAGACGACCAAUAACAUCGCGACUUAAUUGACCAAUCAGAUCAAUAACUGGAGUUUAAUAGCAUCAACUGACGGGAUCCAACUCACUUUGACUCUGAAGAUGACUACUUCACAGGUUGUCGAGACGUCAGUUACAGUCAACAACAACAGUCCUAUUCAGGACUACGUUCACCCGGACGAUCAUACUCAACCUACCUAUCAAAAUUUUCAGCUGGUCGAAAAUUUGUCUGGUGCCAUGUGAACGUAACCUGGGCCAAGUGCCGCGGGGUUUGUCCGAACGGCAUUUUUAUGUCGUUAUUUAAUCGAAACAUUUAGCAAAGCCCGGUUACUUGCUUUUAGGUAUUCGUUUAUUUGAAGAUGAAGACUUCGAUCCCACAGAUGCGAUGGUGGCGUUAGCCCUACAACACAACCGACAGCAUAUCGAUAUCUAUUCAUGUAGCUGGGGACCUGAAGACACUGGCUGGUCUAUGGAGGGACCAGAAAAACUCACUAGGGAUCAGCUAGAGGAGGGUACAAAAAUAGUAAGUCUAUCACGUAAGGCUAACAUCACACGCAAGGGAUCAUUUUAUGGAGCUUAAUGGUCGACAUAACCUAUUGCUUAGUACUUUUUCUACUACAUUUUUGUUGGAAUAUCUUCUACAAAGGCGCGACCAUUAUGUUGUCUAGCAAUAAAUAAAAAUGUAGGUGCGUAUUGCGUCUCGGUUGGUCCAAAAAUAUGUCCGCAAUGCAGAGUGCGAAUAGCAGCUGAAUCUCCAUAUAAACGACCCGGAAAGCUACUCAUGGACAACUUGUCUCUUUAAAAAUGCUUUGGCAAAUUACCUUGAAGUACCAGAGUGGACAAUCCUUAGCUUUUAAUUAUGUUUUCUUUUGCUUCUUUUCCCCCUUUUUUAUCAUACAGGAGUGAACAGGCUAUCGCAUAACCCCUCACCUUCCUUUUGCCCGUGAAAGGGUAUCACUCGAUUUUGUCCUGAUCGACCGGAAAUCACGGUAGCUUUUGCUACAUGCACUCUUUCGAGUGCCUAUUUUUCUCAACUUGCUGAAGAGUUGAGAAAAGAGUUGUUGAAGAGUUUUAGUAGUGUCUUUUUUCUUUUAGUUUUGUGCAACCAUUUUGCUGUAUUUCUCUUUACAGGGGCGACAGGGCAAAGGCUCCAUCUUUGUAUUUGCAGCAGGAAAUGGUGGAAGAGCCUACGAUAAUUGCGCGUACAAUGGUUAUGUUAACAGCAUCUUUACAAUUGCGAUUUCUGGAGUCAACAGAAAUGGGAGUAUUCCAGGAUAUGCUGAGAGAUGUUCAGCGAUUAUGGCUUCAACUUACAGCCAAGAUGAUCUAAAACAAAAACAGAACAUUGUAGGUUAUUUCCUAUGGUGAUUUGCUAGGACACAAAAGGUUGUAGACCCACCCUGUCCUUUGCUUUCUUUUCAUUGUUGCAAGAACUAAAAGCAAACUGGUCUUAGUCAUGUCUCAGAAAUAAUUGUGUUUACUUUUGUUCUUGCAAUUGACACUGGUGCUUUAGUGAUGAUUUUCACUUUUCAACCACUCACAUGUAACGCGGAGACCAACACUAGACGUGAAAUAUCCAUGCGCGUUUUCCCGCGCUAGGAACUGAUUACCCAUAUUUCUGUUUUGAUUUCAACGAAUAUUGGUUUCCAUUCACAAGGUCACCGGCGUCCAUCUGUUCACCCUGUAAAAGAACUGGAAAAAUAAGUAGCGCUUCUUUACUUGGAAACAAAGAAGUGACUGAAAGCGCCUCGUUGUUCAAAUGUGCAUGUCUCAUUGGUGCGUUUGCUCAUGAAUAGGGUGUCACCAAGACGGUUGGCAUUCUCUAGGGACCUGGCCUUACUAAAAGUUACUAUCACUGUAACACUACCUAACUGAACUAAUGAUUUUGCCGAAGGGUGGGUAGUAGUUAGUGACGUGGAAUUAAACUUAUUGAUAACGUAAACCUGACAAAACUCAUUGAUAACGGUUUGAUCACACUAACUUAGUUCCCAGUGUCCUUUCUCUUCCAAAAUAAGAGAGGACGUGGGAAGGACGUCGUGCUCCCACCUGUACAACUGUUCAAUAAAUUAGUCUCUGCCUUUUUGGUUAUAGUUGAUUUCGUGUAUUGGAAGGAGGUUGUCGUCAUAAAUUAAUUCAAAGGGGACAGACAGCAAAUUGUUGUCGCUCGAAAUAUCUCUAUGUCGUAAAUGUUUAACGGUAGGAUAACUAAAUUGUGUGCAAUUCCAAAACUGGUUUCGGCUCCAUUAUAUCCUAUACCAUUUGUAGAACAUUUUGUGGGUACAGUUACUGACAAGGUGUAUGAGGAGGAAAGAAAAUGUAAUGCGUUAAAGCAUAGUUAGCCUGAGUAGAGGAGACUGGCUAUGAAAGCCAGCAAACAUCAAAGUUGAAAACAACGGUACUUAAGUUUAUGUUGGAAGCUCCCUGACCGUGCAUAAUCCUUUGUUUUUUGUUCACAAAUCGUGAUUGAAUAAAUUAAUGCGAUGUUUGUAUUUGUCAGUAAGUUCAAAAUGAUAGGAAUGUUAUUGAACGUUGGGCAGGGUCAGGUCCAAAAAAGCUAACAAAACUAUCUAACAAAGGAGUCUAACGAGUCUCAUAACCAUUUCACUUUAGUAACUAUGGUUAAAUAACAAACUAAAUACGCACGUCAAUUAAAUAAGUAACCAAAGAAAGCACAUUCAAACCUACAUCAACUGAAAGAAUACUAAAAUAAUCUAAAUUAACAAAGGAUAUCGCGGCACCACUCAACCACUGAAUGCAAAACCUCAACUUCCGCAGUGUAGUGUUAUACUUCUCGACGAUAACUUCAUGACGCUUUAAGAAUUUAUUGAAGGUUCUGAGCAGCAGUGCGGUCUUCCUUUACACGAAAGCUUGGGGAAAUCCUUUGAUACUCUUCACUGACACCUAUUAGAAACGAGUCUGUGAAAGAUGACUCAUUUGAAACAGUUGAAACUCCUCGAAUCAAAAGUAAACUUUUGAUGUAAACUUUGUAAACUGUUUGUAAACUUUGCUAGAUUACGUCAGACUUGAAUGGUACCUGUACUGUCACUUUCUCAGCAACUUCUGUGUCGGCGUCGAUGGCAUCCGGGAUCAUAGCGCUAGCACUGGAAGCCAAGUAAGUAGGCGAUUUUGUUUCAAAAUUUGAUAAAUUAUGCUUUGAUAAAGGCGUUACUUUCUGACUAAAGUUGACCAUCAAAUUGGUCGUUUGUUGGUUUUGUAGAUGAUGCAAUCACCCAAAGACUUUGGUCCUGUUUUCAUGGAAGUGGGGGACCCCUAGCAGGUGAGGUAACCCUCUUAGGUGGGGUAACCUGCCUGUCGGUAUGAUCUCUCAUUUUAAUUUGAUCACGUUUAUAUGAUAGGCGGGGUGACCAUAUGAGGGAUUAUAUGGACAGGCGGGUUACCCCACCGAAGUAGGCUACCUUUCCUACCUAGGGUUCCCCACCUUUAUGUAAACAGGCCCUAAGUAAAAAACGAUACUGUUGUUGAGUCACUUAAGUUAAACCUAGACAUCAUUAAUUAAUCUCACCACAAUUUGUGCUGUAUCAAUAUAUGAUAAAAUGAAUAUGACAGUCAUAUUCAUUUUCCGCCUCAUCAUUGCCUGCGUCUAGCGUCGCCGUUUUCAGAUCAUUACACGAUAUUUGAUCUCCUUGGUACUAGAAAAACUGGCCAUAUAAUGACGAGAUAUUUGUUCAUAGUCCCAGGCUAACAUGGCGUGAUGUACAGCACUUGAUUGCUUAUUCUUCCAAUUCAAGUGUGCCUCGUUCUGAUGAUUGGAUACAAAAUGCGGCAGGGCUAUGGGGUAAGUAGCUCCUUCUGGCACGCGAUACAGUCCUCUAUGACUGGUGUAGUUAUGAUUAAAUUUCGACCCUACUCGCCAUAGAGCCCCCUGUAGCUCAGUGGUUAGAGCGCUCGGACGAGAACUCCGAGGGUCGUGAGUUCUAUUCUCACCUGGACCUCGGAAUUUUUUCGGAGCUCUCUGGGUUAAUAAUUCUCCUUCUUCCAAAUUCUUAAUUGUCGAAUUUAACAGUCUGCUUUAUAAUAAACGUUGAACCUUGGACAUAAUAAGAAGAAAGGUAUGACUCCUUAGCCUUUCAGAGACGGUUAUGAGUUGUUUUCUUGCGAUUUCUGAAAGGGUGUUUUCUUUGUCAAUUUUUCGCAUGCAAGUUCUAGGUUCGAGUUGAAUUAAUAGUUAUAACUGUAGAGAUGAGCCUUUUGGAUGCAAACAAAUUCUUCCAGCCAACGGCUAGAUUAAAAAUCAUUGACAUGGUUUGAUUUUUAGUCAGCAGUUAUUUUGGAUUUGGUCUUAUGGAUGCUGCAGCAUUGGUGAAUUAUUCAAGAUCAUGGCGUACAGUGCCAAAACAGAUCAAAUGCCAAAUAACGGAGCCAAAUGUGCACAGGUAACGAGUUCGGUUUCCUUUUAUUUCCUUUCACGUACUUUUGAAAUUUUACGGGCGGAAAUCUGUCAUAGUUAAAAGUAAUAUAGGAUAGAUGGAAACGCAAUACACAGAGAAGUGUGUUGAAAAAACAUGGUUUAGUAAGGAAAGGCAUAAUUUGAAAGUGAUUUACAUUCCUUUGAACUAAAGGCCUGUUUAUAGAUAACCCCCGCUGAAUUGGUUUUCAAUACCUCGCCAUAAAUGUUUACUUAGGCAGUUUUUAAAACUUCACUGCGUUCAUGCGAGAAAGUGGGCCUGCCAUGUGUCAACUGGGUCAUCCCUGUUGAUGCGGACUAAGUUCCUGUAGCUUGUUGUUGGCGCUCACCUUACUCCCCAAACUAACAUCUUGUCCAACAAUUUCUUCUAUUGUCAUGUAGAGCUUUCAGGCAAUAUAUCGAAGUGGAUCUUACAGUAUCUAAUAGAACUUGCAACCAGGACGGCAAGAUCAACUACUUGGAACACGUUGUUGUGAUUCUUCACGCCAGAUUUGAUAGGCGUGGUUACCUAGAAGGCUUUUUAACCUCGCCUAGUGGUACAACUUCCCAAAUUCUUCCUUAUCGUGCUAAUGACGUCAUGGCAAGUGAUUUCAGUGAAUGGCCGAUACUCAGUAUGCAUUUCUGGGGCGAAGAUCCUCAAGGAGAUUGGCGAUUGCGGCUUCAGAGCCGUUAUCCUAACUACAAAUUUUCAGGUGAGAACGGACCUGCAAAUGUAGAGGGGUGUUUUCGAAUUAUUUUUUUGCAUUUAUAUUUUUCAAAUUCCAUCAACAAACAAGGCAAAAAACAAAAGCUCAUGCAUGUGAGUUUAAACUCUUAAACAACAGGCGAGAUUCAUUGAAGUCUGUCGUUGGUAAAAGCUCCAUAUGAUCGAAAUGAGGUCUUUUUUGAGAGCUCACGAGAGACGACGAGAGCCCACGAGAAGCGCAAACUCAAAGAAUUAGACGAGGGAGGGUUUGCUUGUGGUGAUCUGCACAAUCUUCAAACUUUCAAGCUUGUUUCAGAUGUUGCGAGAACAAUAACUCGGAUCACUCCAAGGGUAACUUUGGAGUAAAAAGAACAACAAUGCUCUGAAAAGCACAACAAUGUUCUAACCAGUAAUGGGGGAUAAAAAUGGAGGAAACACGUCUAUUUUUUUCUGGCAAGAAGUUAAACCGUAAACGAGAUGCCACCUGUUCAGUCUAAAGAUGAUGAGCGCAUUAUACCCUCUCUCGUGACUGUGUGGUGCUGUUUGCUUCAUGUAACUGGCAACUACGGAAGGUCUGACCUGAUUAAACCGUCUGUAACUUCUGAUCCUUGCUGGGUGAUUGAGCUAUAAGCGAGCCCAGCAUGAAGGGUGAAUCCUCACCGUUGUGCGCGUACUUCAAAUGUAAUUUUUUUAUAGCCUGUGAAAACAGCCGACAUUUGGCGACGCCACCACUGGUUUCUCCGCGAAAUGACGUCUGACAAACCAGAGUGGAGUUCCACACUGAUGACGUGUCACUUUCCAGGUCAGGGUAGGGCUUCAGAUUAGUUAAUUUAAAUUUCUCUUGCUGCACUGGGUAUUGACACGUUAUCAGUAUGAAAUUUCCAGGCUCCUUCCUCAGGCGUUAUUUUGCGUGAAGACCAAUGGCAGCGUCGCGAAAUAUCUGUUGUUUUCUCAGGCUAAUUUUUUUGUAAAUCUUCAGUCGAAUUAUAAGUACUUUUACUAUAAUGAAGAUUUUUAGAGAUAAUUUUAUUCUUAUAUUAGGGUAUUUGGUGAAAUGGAGUAUUAUCCUUUAUGGCACGGUAUCAAAUCCAUUAGAAAAUAACCGUCAUGUACCAAUACAGUUUUCAAACAGGACCUCUCUGAGUAAGUAUCUGGUUCAGUUAUCCUUCAGCUUGUUGUCACCUGAUUAUUUGCAGUAUUAUCUUUAAAUUGUCUUUAGAAUUGCCAUUCGCAUUAACAUGAGUCUGGUUUACCAAUUUAGUAUACUGGGCAAGUGUCUACAUUUCUUUCGUAAAAUGGUGGAUACCAUUUUUAAGACCCUCAGUUGGAAAAUGUUUGAUUGUUAUGUUCACACUUGCACCAAACAAUCUCAAUCUGGUCCCAGUUGUUCGAAGGUGGAUAGCACUAUCUGCCGGAUAAAUCUCUAUCCACUGGGUAGAGCAAUUCGUUUCCCUAUUACUUAUCCACUGGAUAGCGCUAUCCAGCUUUUGAACAACUGGGGCCUGAUCACGAGUGUAACCUGUUUUACUAAAUUUUGACUUUAUAAUGAUCAAUCCUUGGCGCGAAACAUGAACGGAACGCGAUUACUCCGACUGUGAUAGAAAAACAAUUCUGCUGAAGACGGUUUUGACCUCGGUUUCGUGAGAAAUUUAUCGGCAACAGAUGGUGAAAGACACAGUCACUAAUCCUCUACCCGGAUUUCUACUCGGCUUCGUCGGUAAUGUAUCUAGGUACGAGAUUACACAAUCACUAUACACAUUUCUGGUAAAAACUGGAGGUAUAACGAGACAAAGGCUGACCAUUGUAAGUUCAGAAGAAGUUAUCAGCCCCGCACAAAGAGCAGAAGAAUUAGAAGGAAAUUAUCUGAAAAGAAUCCAUAAACUUGAACAUAAAUACUAAAACGGCUAAACAGGAAAACAACUCUUUACGUCGCACAAAAACAGGAUGUCUGUUUUAGAGGAGCUACAUGUAGGCUCAGAACUGAAUUUGUUGAAGACCUCGUCCACGAGUGGCUGUAUUUUUAAAAAAAAAAGCAAAAUAUUUGAAGUAACAAGCUUGGACAUUUUACCUGAAAGAACGAAAUCAGAUGCCGUGACGUCAUCGUUUUUGAAAAUUUCCGUUUUCCUUUUACACGGCUACCGAAAACCAGCGUUUUAAAAAACAUGUACUUUUCAGUGACCGUUACCUUUUUAUCACAUUCGUGUGGGCGAAAAGUCCAUCCGCAAAAAAUUUUGCGUUUUCAAGAAAAGUAAUACGUGUCAGCGAAGUUGGUUGGAAAUUGCUAUAUUUGUUUAAAGGGUUAAGCUAUUAGAAUAAAAUUAACAAGUUUGGGGUCUAGUGUAAACACGGUAUAAUAAGUCGCCCAUGAAAAUAUAUUAAAGGUUUUGGUAUUUGCAGGUGUACUUUUAGUGUUUCAAAAACUUCCUUACUUGUAAAGAUUGCCAUUUCUUGAUUAUGAAUGUCAUAGAGUCGAAUAUAAUACAAUCAAACAUGAACAAUAAUACUUAUUUUAGCAUAUGAAUACGUCACAGAGUUAAUACAUUUCAGUAAAACACAAAUCAAAGCCAGAAAGGUACACUGACUGCAAUGGUAUGUUGUACAACCCGAAAAUGUGCUCUUGACUUGUUGUUUACGCCAUAUUGUUGGAUAAAUAGUUGUGUAGUUAGCAAUAAGAAAGGAUUCUGCUGUAUUCAAUUCGGCAAAUUUCAACUGAUCCAACGGCUAAAUUUUAUAUCUUCCUUUCCUUUUUCAGAUGUCACAACUGAAGCCGCAACUGAUGAUAUUACUGAGAUGCCUCAUAAACCGGCUGGUAUCACCCGCAACAAAGGUGAACACCUUAUGUUGACUUUUAUUUGAAGGGACAAUGUCAGUUAGUGACUGUUGGUUCCCUUACGAGCAGGGCGGGAGAUUGGGCUAUUAGAACAAGAACGUGACGAGGGGGGUGGUGCUCUCUCUUUCGCCUUGCUCGAUGCUUGCUUCGUUGGCUAUCUUGUCCCGUUGCCAAGGGAAACUGUCCUUUUAAUCUAGCCUUGACGUAUUUUAAUUAUGCUCAAUUUAAAGCUGAAAACGUAAUUCGAGCACAUGCGUUAGAGAUGAGAAGCAUAAAGGAGCAGGAAAAUUUAAAUAGUUUGUCAGAAAACAGUCGGUACCUUACGCAACGACAUCGUCAAAUCAUGCGAUGUUUUCGGUAGGACAUCGGAAAACUACGAAUUUUCUUUUGUUCUCUUUGGACUUGAAUGCGAUUCGCAAAAAAAUUGCCUCACUUUAUCAAUUUGAGUAAGAUGGAAUAAUUGCAAUGAAGUUUGAAAGAAAAGAAAAUGUUGCGCACUGGUAAGGGCAUUUACCUCCUACCAAUUUAACCUGGGUUUGAAUCCUGGAAGUGGCGCCAUAUCUGAGUUGGAGAGGUUUUUUUUUCUAUUCUUUAAUUUUUUUACCAGGGUCGACCGGGUACUCCGGGCCCCCCUCCCCCCGCCCCUCCUUAAAAUGCUUUCAAAUUAUAGUUCGAUCCCGAUUGGGAGAGGAAGAAUCACAUUCAAUUGUGGAUGUACUACAGCUCUACCAUUAAAUCAUUAUAUUUAUUUGUUUUAUCCCUCGCUUUUGGGCCCGAAAAACACGUGACUGUGGGCCACCUUUAAUUAUUGCAAAAUUUUAUGCAACUGUCUUGCCUAGUUAGAAUCCGACGCUUUCUCUUUCUGGGAAGAUGGAUCUGGUUGGGAGAACUUAAUAGUUGUUCCUGUUUCCUAGAUGCCGGAUGUUUACAUUUUGAUUGCAAAAGUGUAGUCACAAUAAAAUAUGUCUUUGAGAUUUAUUUGACUGUACAUUUCUAGGCAUGACGGGAACUGCUAUCGCCCUCAUAGCAAGUGCAGUUUUCUUCGCCUUAGCUGUUGUUUGUGCAGUUAUUCUUGUGAAGUCUGGUGUUGUUCCUUGCUGUCGAAGAACUACAUCUACUAAACUUACAGAGGACACAACUUUGUCAGAGCAAAGUGCUCCUUUGAAAGGUGUUGAUUCUUGGGGGAAAGAAUCAAGUUUAUAGCAGCAACUACAGGACUAGUGGAAUUUGUUUUCUACGAUUUGUUUACGUACAGAAGCAAAGAAUUUUACAAGUACACAUAAUAUAUAUUUUCAAGGAUGUCCAGGUCACUCUUUACCGGGACAAAUAAAAACCAUCUCGAAAGAAGCUUUCUUCACAUGCUAAAGUAAGAGAGGCUGGAAUACUUAGCCGGUCUUCUUCUGUCCUAUUCUGACAGUGUACUAUUCAAGCUCAUUCAAAACAAAUCUGAGUAACCAAUCUGAUAAACAUUAGAGAGCUUUAGAUUUGAGGAAGAGGAAGAGUACAAGAUUUAACGUAACGUUUUUGCUCGUCUUCUCAGAAAAAAGACACCGCAAGAAAGCUUCAUUUUACCUUUUUUCACCAAAAAAGUUAGUACGGUUAUUUAUACUGAAGGAGCUUAAGCCAUCUCUCGAUCAACAAAAGAAGUUUUAUCAUAAAACUUCGUACAUUUGAUAACUUGCAUUUUGUUCCCACCAUUACGACAUUCUCGCUAAAACUCGUAGGAGAAUGACGACGGCUAUCACUUUUUCCCGCCAAAAUAACGCUGGUUCACGCGUGAGCUAUGCUCAGUGUUGAGAAAAUCUCGCUCUCAUAUAAAAAAUCCGGAAAUUUCGGUGGGAACAAAAAUGGACUUCCUGAUAGGUAAAAAGUUGUUACAUUUGAUCGUAAACCCCGGUACGGCACCGAGCCCGUUACCCGACAGGACACCAAGAUGGCUGUCUAGUUGGUAACAAUUUGAACUGGUAUAAAGUACGAGAAACGUGUAAAUGGAACACGAAAUUCCGUUCGGAACGUUCCAACUGGGAAAACGGGCCUACCUUUUUAGACUUUCCACUUUUUCCGGGAAUCGGUUUCCAGUGGAACGAACCGACGAAACGUUUUCCAUUUUUUGCCGAACCGAAAUUUCCGGAAAUUUUAACUAAAUGGAAAGCGCCCGAAGUCGUCCUCGCCUCAGAAUCUAUAGCUCUCUAUUGUCUUUUCGGCUACGUCCAGUUUUUGAAAACGCGUACUUUUUACACGAAUCGUCUUUCUUCCUCCUCGUGUGAAUCCGCACACCAAAGCCACAUUGUUUUGAAACCGCUCUCCAGAGCUGUUUAAGGCCGUGCCUACGCGA